AAGCCCACUCCGGACCAUUGCCGCCGAUUAUCCACAAUGGAGUUACAACUCCGUCCAGUGAGGGCGCCCGUUGGUGGCCCACUACUUCCAUUUCCGGCGUGAGUCCGGCGCUGGCCCGGAGCGGACUUGGAACUCCAUGGUAGAGAUGGUGAAAUCCUCCGGGGCACUACGGAGACACCUGCGAUGUCGGCAAAGAUUACUGUCGUGGGCAGUAUGCCUUAUCUCAGAGGGUGUUUUGUGGAAGACUCCUCGGGUGGAAAGAAGACAGACCUUUUCUGUUUACCAUACUCUCUGCGGGACUGAUCUAGGUACGUCGCUUCGGGUUACGGAUUCCAGCUCUGAGAAACGACUGGCCCUUCUUCCCAGUCUGCAAGCGAGAAGGUCAGAGCGAAGAACAAUGUUCUUACCGCCCAAGUGGACUCUUCUUUCUGCUGAGCGGUUACGAUGUGUUAUUCAUUCCGCAAUUCAUCGACACGAUGCGAGUUGUGAGAAAGGCAGGCGUGGAGCGAGGGGUAAAGGGCCAUCGCAGCUGGAAGGAGGCAUAUCAUACCCUCUUCCUUGCUUCACACCACCUCAUAUACCCACUACUUCCUCGGCCGACCCCACCCAACUCUUGCGACGUUUACUUCCUCGUACGAUCUUGGCUGCCCGAGUCUUUUCCGUCUGCUCAAUGAUGAGACAACUUUUCCAUUGGAGCAACUCGAUCUUCGGCGCACGGGAUUCAAUGCUGCAACUCUCAGCAAAGCCCUACAGCGAUUCACGAAGCUCACGUAUCUCUUCGUUGACGUCGAUCCGAAUUCGAACGGCCUUGGCUUGUCAAUAAAGCCCGAGUUAGGCGCCACGAUCACGGAAUGCUGUCCUCGCAUCGAACAUCUGUCCCUGAAGGCUUGUGAGCGGGGUUAAAUCAAGUUCUUUGGAGAAGACCCUACCCGAGAGAUUGGCUGUUUGGUAAA